CAGUAGCAGUUCGGUUCGACCCAACCAAGGAUUCAGAGACUAUAAUAGUCUCAAAUCUCAAUCCUUUUGGCCUAACCGAUGACAAUUUAGUAAGCGACGUAAACAAUAACAUUCCUGAACCUUCACACGUGAUGACUUUUGAGGAUAUUAAUGGAUGAGUGGACACCUUGACACCAUGGAUGAAAUAGUUCAGCAAAUCACAGGUCACUUAUUUGUCACAGCAGUGGACCAGAAGAUUGUUCGUGGUAUUAACAAGGAAAUUGAGGAGUUGUUGCCAGAUGUUAAGAAGCUACUACAAGCUGACAUUGUCCAGAAGGUCAAGAAGCUCCUGGCAGAGGAUCCCCUUGUAGCUCUAACAACUGUGAACCUGGUGUGUGAUGGCUGCUCAGCACUACGUGAGAGCUUGGGGGAGUGUUUGGAAGAGAUUCUUGUUGUGUGUUCAACAAGACUACAGACCCACCUCAUUGAUCAACAUAGGAAACACUCUCAGUUCCAUGUUGCUGUUAAAGCUUUGUACAGCAUUCUGCAGUAUGUUAUUCCUCAAGUGUCUCUGCAGACUGAAGUAACACCGCUGUUAGAAAGAAUUUAUUUAUCAUUAUUUGUUGCCUUGACAAGUGAAAAAUUACCAUCUGAUUGUGCUUUGAUAACUGCAACAUCCCUCUGUCUCACUGUUUCUUGUCUAAAAACAGAGAAUUUUGAAGUUGAAUUUCUGCAUAUGUUAUCAACCCUCCAUGAAUUGCAGUUGAAUGAUACUGGAAAACAUUCUGAAUGUUCAGUCGAAGGGGUAUUAGAGUCUUUUAAAAAAGGUGAUAAACCCUUGAGAGAGAGGCUUGGAGAUAUUAAACCAGCAUACCCAGUUGCAUUGCUGCUUCAUGGUCUUUUCAAUUCAGAUGUGCAAUGGAUAUAUAAUUAUGGAAACUGGAGUGAUAUAUUCUUGAAAUUACAAUCAGCACCAGGGAAAGAGCAUGGUAAUGACUCUUAUUUGGAUUACAACCCAAGCUCAAGGCAGUGUGAUAAACAACCUCACCCACAAGACAGCAAUGUUGGUGAAGUUGGAGGCAUUUUCUUAUAUGAGAUUUACAUAGUCAUCAGAAAGCUGUGUAAAGGUGCUACCAGUUAUACAUUUCAGGCUUUUCAGGUGCUGCGUUUGUGGCUGACUUGCGUGAGGGAGUUGGGCAACAGGAUGCGGAAAGACUAUGAUGAAGUGCUAACACAACAUUUCCAAGAGUGUUCAGUGUCUGAAGGGUGUAAUGAUUAUAAUCUGUAUCACUAUAAAAAAAAUCUACCAUCUGGAAAAUGGAUAUUUACUACUCUGUCCAAUCAGGAUACUGUGUUUCAUCUGUUGAAUUCUAAUUGGGAGAAUCCCUCAAAGGGAGUUAGUGAUGUUGUAUAUGUCUGCAUGGUUGAGCUGCUAGAACUACAUGAAGAUGAUGCUCCAGACCAGGCAAAGAGCGUGGCUAGUUCUAUGGUCAUGUCACUUUCAUCUUCUGAUGCCUGGACGUCAAAGAGUACUUACCCACCUCUUGCUCUUGCAGUAUCCUAUAUUGGGGCUCAAAAAGCAGUUAUGCUUUGCCCAAGAUUACCAACUGGAUUAAUGACAUCUUUAAGUGUAAACCACCUGGCUCCUGCUGGUACAAAGGUGUACAAGAUCAUGGUAGAGGGGCUGACUUCAUGCCUGUGGUCUGAAUAUUUCUUCACCAUUGUGUGUGAAGCCCUGCACAGUGAUGACAGGCUGACCCAGCAGAAUGUGAGGUCAUUAUGGUUACCACCAACACUGCGACAGUAUCCAAGGAUAUAUCUUGAGCUCCUCAGUGGCUGUGAAGACACUACUGGUGGAUGGGUGGCACGAAUGGCAAUUUUAAGGGUUGCUCGCUCCCUUGGUUCUUUAAGUUUAAAGGAACAUGAUACAGCUCUUGAUCAUGAAGAAUUAAGUAAUUUGCAUGUGCAGAAAUCAUUUAGUUCAUUAAAUGCUUACAGUGAAAUCAAGGGAAGUAGUUCUUCUGUGAGUGUUGAAAAUGAAUAUUAUAUAAAGAAACAAGUGAUUAAUCUUUGUGUACUAUCAUACCUCAAGCCAGCGCUUAGCCACUUGGAUGAGACAGUACGAGGAGAAGCUCUGUCUUUUCUCUGCCAUACCCGGAAGGCCUCAGAACCUGUCUCACUUGAAGAAUCAUCUUACCUAAAAUGGUUUUUCAAGUAUAACAUGAACAUUGAUUCAGCACCUUUCAGACAAGGUAUGAUAAAAUGCUACAAGGCUCUAGUGGCCAGGUUACGUGAUGCCUCUGCUACUGAACUAAAAAAGUUGUCUUUCAGAGUUUUAAAUUCAAAAGAUUAUUCUUCAGAAUUUGUUAGAAAUCUUAAAGCCAAUCCUGUUCUUCAGACCAACACUGAACUUCUGGUAUGGUUUAUAAAGUUGUUUCACAGUAACUUAGCACCAGAUGGUAACUACCAGCGAAGGAUACUCUCCCUUCUGCUCUACAAGGAAACCCUUUUAGCAUUUUAUGAAAAGAAAACUUUUAUGACAUAUUCAGUACCUCCAAGGUACAUGACAGUGUGUGCAUAUAUUAAUCUCACCAAUAGUAAAGAAGUCUGUGAUGAGGAAAGUCAACCUAUCACAGACCUGUCCUUACCUUGGACUCUGGAAAUGCUACUCUGUUCCUGUUUGGAUGAAAUGAAUAACAUUAGAGAUGAAGCAGAGAACAUUUUAAAGAUUAUGGAGUCAUCUAAGAAUGCUGUAUGCUACUACAAGGCAGAAGAGUGGCUGCAGCGAGGUCUGACACUUUGUAACUCCCCUAAGGCUAGUGAUGCUGAGAGUGGAGCAACCUUGGUGAAGGUGGUAUCAUCAUCUUACUACAAUGGUGGUCAUGACAUCUCUACUCUUCUAAAGAAUAUGGAAAGGAGCAGUGAGUCACACAGCUUGAUCAGUUUCUUAUUUGACUGUGUGGAGGGUCAGUUUAAGAUGGCACAGAAUAAUCUUCUAGAAGCUGCCAGAAGAACCCCUAUUCAUGGUUCCUUGUUGGCUUUAGGUCGAUGUGUGUUCGAAGAAGCACAUGUUGCACCCUUGUUGCCUGAAGAUGUGCAGGACUUUGUUCACAAGCUAGCAAGUCUGAUGGUGAAGAUGGUAGAAUUUAUGUUAUCCAAACUGGCCUGUGCCUCACAAAAUGGCUCAGCUGUUGCUCCAUCAUUUGCUGAGAUGGGAGAUUCUGUGGAGCUCAUCAUCAAAGAGUGUGGGGGAAGCACUGCACCUGCUGAAUUUUACCACAGUGAAUGUGGAGAAGACAUAGAAGAGAGAGAUGAAGAAGCUGAUGAUGAGGAUAAUGCCAUCUCUGGGGACCACCAGCUAGUUUUAGCGUGUUGCUGGCAAACUAUGAAGGUUGAAGAAAUCUUGGAUCAGCUGGAGGUUGGUGCUCAGACCUCAGUAACUCGUGAAGCAGCAGGGAUGGCUAUGAUGAUACAGGUUGCUUGUGGUGCUGCACCACCAACUAAUGCUUCCCUCAUCAAUAACACAAUCACCAAACUUUUAAAAAUCACUCAGACAGAGUAUGCAGAACAGAGUACCUUGGACUCGCCUCCAGUCUUGGCACUCCAUGUUCUGCACUCUGUGGUCAUCCAUGCUCCAUUGGCCCAUCAUAUGAUUCACCAUAUGCCAGCCAUUACUGCCACGUGUCUAGAAGCCUUCACUAGUGAGUCAUGGGCUCUCAGGAAUGCAGCUCUGCAACUGUAUGGAGCAGUGGUGCCAAGGAUGGUGGGUCAGAAGAAAGUUCGUGAUGAUUCCUCCACACUCAAUAGUCUCACCGCUCCUGAAUUCCUUUCUCGACACCCAACCCUCGCUGAAUUUCUCCUUCAGUUACUUUCAGGUUGUGGAAGUGGGAAAGAGGUACAUAACGGACUUGCACAUAAUACAGCCACAAAAGAUAGAACUGGAGCUACAAAAGAUCAUCUAUCCAUAAAAGUGGCUUCUAGUUUAGUUCCAGCGCUGAGUUUUGUGGCAAGACUUUCACCUGGAACUGGGCUACAACAGAAUAGAGGGCUUAAUGACACGCUCGAAAAAUUUUGUCAAGUCACGAACACACUGUUGGGUUCUCCUGUACACACUGUCCGUAGACUUGCAUCUCUUGCACUUGUUGCACUAACACUAACUAAAAAGGUUCAUAUAUGCAUUAGCAAUUUACUUCAGCUGUUAAGGCCACCAAAACUUGCCAACACAAAUCUGAUUCAUGGUAGUCUAUGUGCAUUAGUAAAUUUUGUACAAACAUAUCCUAAUCUCAGAAAUGACCAGGAACUAAAGAAUAACAUUGUUACCUCAGUUAACUGGCUCUUGGAACCAAACAAUAAAUGUCUCAUCACUGCUGCCCUUGCUUUGAAACUCUUUAUUUUUCUGCAAGUGGAUUAUAUCAGGACAGAUGUGAAGCCCAUAGAUUCAUUUCAGCCAGGUGCUGCUGAGUUCAUACAGACUCUUACUAUGAGGAAAAUUUACCAUAAUUCUCAAAGUGAAAUUGUAAAGAUAUUGACAAGUAACUUAUCACAUACCCAUGACUUAGAGGAACAGCUCUGUAUUGAUUACUUAGCAGAUCACUUCAAAAUAUACAAUCACAGUUCUUGGAUAGGCAUGAUUGAAAGAUUAAUGUGGCAAAGACUUGAACAGAAACCUUCAAUACAUAAGACUGCUUUAGCAGUUAUGAAGCUGUUAUGUACUAUUUUAGAAGAAAAUGAUGAACUGCAUUCUUUACCUUCAGUAAAAUGUAUGGAAAAUCUUUUGACAUUACUGAAGGGAUGUCAUGGAGCCAAAGCUGCAUCAUUGGCUUUGGUUAUUAUAGCUCAUAUAUUUGGAAAACUUGAUGACAAUCAGUGGCCUGGAAGAGAGAUGAAGUGUAAUAUACUGUCCACCUUCACUGGAGUCAUCAGAUCAUACUCUGAUCCUACAUCCACAGAAGAUUACCGUCUGGCUGCCAGCAAGGCUCUCAAGGCUUCCAUGAAAUCACUGCUGUUCUCUGAGCAAGAUGUUAGCCAAGUUUGUAAAGAAAAUUUGAUUUUUGUAUGCACUGAACUCCUUCAAGAUGAGGAUUCAGACAUAAGAAAUUCCGUGUGUUAUGUAGUAUUUUCACUUUCAGACUCUGACCACUACACAAAAACUAUGUCAAAGGAAAAGCUAUUAGAGAAAGGGUUUGAUACACAAUCAUUCUCAAAGGAUUUAAUUCCAGACAACUUCAAUCUACAGUCACACACUUUGGAAUUAUUUCAUCCAAAUCUUGCUAUACUAGAAUUGGCUAAAAUUAUCACUCAUCAAAGUAUUUGUACUAAUGAUUGGUCAUCCUUCAGAGUAAUCUGGAAGAUAUGUUCUGGUCAACACAUUGAUGAUUUCUCAUCCUUACACAAGUCAUUUUUUAAUUCUAGCUCUUACCUUUUUCACUCUCACACAAUGAACUUAUAUAAAGAACCAAAACAACUCAGUCUUAGAAUGGCUGAAGCAAUGUUAGAUGCAGUCAAGGGAACUACAAGAGCUGUAGACCUGAACAAUGUUCCUGAUUGGCUCCAACAAGAAAGUGAAAUUCUGAAUGAACAAGGAGAGGUUCUUUCCAAGCUAAUUUCUCAACAGCCUCACUUGUUCAUUCACAAACAACUACUCUCUGUCACUAGUACUUAUAUAGUGGCAUCCAAGACUUUGCUUUCCCUUAGCGAUAUAUUCAAUAUACCAAUUAAUAUUACCCAUAAUCUCUCAUGGAAUUCAUCUCAUUAUUGUUCUGUGGAUGUUCGAUAACAGCAGUGAAACCUGUUGGAGAAUAGCAAGGUUAGGUACCAUACAUGGAUUACUGUAUUGUGGUUGUGACUCAUAUUUUAAAAACUUUUCUGUGUGAUAGAAAUAUAGCUUGUCUGACAUGUACAAAUUACUGAGUGGAGUGCUUUAAUUUAUAAAUGGUGUAUAAUUUUGUUGAAUAAAGCAAAUUAUUUUCUUCGUAA